AUGUCCAGCGCCGAGCCACUUGUACGUUUUUACGAUCUCUCCGGUCCAAAACUCUGGUCACCUUCAUGCUGGUUCAAAAGAUAUGCUCUGAAUUACAAAGGGAUACCAUACACCAUAGUGAAGGUUUCAUACCCUGGCAUCAAACCACUAUGUGAAAGGCUUUUUCCAGACAUGACUGAUAUCGGCUCGACGGUCCCAAUUGUCGAGCUUCUCCAGCCACCGCAUCGGGUCGUGAACGAUUCUACACCAAUAGCCAAGCUACUAAAUGAGAGGUUCACGGAGAAAGAUGGAUAUAGGGAUUUGAAACUCGUGGAUGAGGUAGAUGAGUAUGAUGCCUUUGGCGCCCAGUGUGCAGGGAGGGCUAUCAUCAGGUGGAUUAUAAACGACGUGUAUGAAACGGCUCUUGAUAAGGAAGAUGGAUCGCGGGAAUACUUCAAGACGACCAGGGAAGACUUUUUGGGGUGCGACUUAAAGGACGUUACCGAGGUGAGAGGUGGUGGGGAAGCUGCUGUAAUUGAGGAUUUGAAAGUGCAAUGGGCAAGUUUGAGGGAGAGGAUGCGACCUAUAUCGACUUCUACGAUGGCCGCUUACGUUAGAUGGGUCGGAGCGGCAUCUGAAGAGAAACUAGCAAAUCUCAUGGCUUUGUACGAAGACGACACAUUCGGUCUCAAGGGUGAGCGAGUGGAAAGCAGGCAUAAAACAGCGGGAGGAAGUCGCUGA